AAAUAAUGAUUUUUCGUCAUUCAUUACUUUUCUCCUUUCCCACUUCUCCUUCGCGUCUUGGGUCGUGACUUGAGAACUCGAGUUUUAGGAGUUUUAUUUAAAUGCUGACUGAAAUUUGAUGUAUUGAAAAAAAUAGAUUUUUGUUCAAACGUUAGUAAACAGUGUUGUCUGUUCUAAAAUGAGCAAGACACCGUUUAGAUCUAAAUUCAAUUGGAUAGCCACCGAAGGCGAAGUGACCCGCCAGGUGUCGUACAACAUCCAGACAAAUGAAACAUCUGAAAGUAUUCCUCAGGAGAAUCUUCUUAAUCCUGAAGCUUGUGUAGUGCUGGAGCCCGACGAGAAAACCGAAUACUGCGAACAAACCCUUAGUGUGAAUCCGAUAUAUCAGGUUACGCGACUGGCCGUCCUGGCCGAAUGCCGUAGGGUGGAAUCCUUCGUGGGCAAACCUCCCGAGUACCACCAAACCCAUCACGGUCAGUUAAUAUUCGAUGAAGGAUCCGAACUGUACCGGUUCGAUAUUCAAUUUGAAGUUUGCGGAACCGCUGAAUUCAUCAUCAGAUAUAUCACAACUGCCAAGGAACCACUUUGCCUGUACGGAAUGCAUUUAGUGCUGGAGAAAAAUUCCAAUCCCCUGGGGAUGUUCGCCAGCGACAGCACUCUGAAUCGAGCUAGGAUUGAAACGCGAAUAAAGGAUUGUACCCUGUCGGAGAAAGCGGCUCGAUGUAAGGAAUUCGUGCUGGAUUCUGUGGCGCAGAACAAUCUCAUCUCACAGGAGAUGUCCCGAUACAUAAUGAAUAACAACAUUUCAACAAUGGCCGUCGAUGGAUCGGCGACGUCUCGUGACAGACGCGACUCUACUGGUCGACCACCCGCUGAAGAUGAUGAUCCGGGGGGCACAACGAGCACACAAUAUUCCAAAUAUCCACCGUUCAUGGAAACCGUCGUGAGGCAGUAUAUGGACCAAAAGUUUUCCGCGCUUGAGGACAAAAUCAAUGCUAAAUUAGAAGCGCUGGAAUUGCGCCAGAACAAAAAACUAGAUGAAAUUUUAUCAUUGUUGAAGGGCAGUAGUACGGAAUAAAGUGAAGCGAAGUUCCUCUUAGUAUAGAUUAACAUACAAAUAUUUUUUUUAUUUAAUCAACUUAAACAGAGUUGUCCUACACUACGAAUUCCACGCACGUAGACAUAUCCAUUAAAUUACUAACAAUAUAAUCAGAAUCGAAUCGGUAUCAGCUUGUACGGUACAAUUCGAAUGCAUGUUUUUUUUAUCGAUUCCAAAGGAUAGGUAAUUGUAACUAUUCAACACACUUACCUAAUACUCUUGAACUAUUCACUGCAUGAAGGUAAGACUGCCUCUGAACGAUUCAUCUGCGGUUUAUUACGAGUUUGGGACCAGGCUACAGCAGAAUUACAAAUUUCACUCCUGCAGAAAAGUUGGCUCA